AUAGAACCAAUCAUUGGAGGCUGCUGAGUCUGGGUCAGACGAUUUGACGGAUAAGGGCUGCCUGUCAAUACCGCCAGACGACAUUGAUGGGCGGAGAGUGGAGCCGGCGGGUGAGCCGCGUGCUGUCAACGGGCUUUGAUGCCCACAGCCGCCCCGCCAGUCACACUCACCAAAGCAUCAAAUGCCGCCCCGUCUACCCGCGCCAAGAACCGCCCGCCUCCACGCCACGGCAGCGAGAAUCGCACGCCCAGCAGCAGCACGGCGACUACUGCCGCCCGCGCGUUUCCGGUAUUCGACCGCCGCUGCCAUGGACAAGCCCCGCCCCACAUACUCGCCCGGGUCCGACGCCGCGCAGCUCGACGCCGCCCUGGCGCCCUUGCUCGCCCCCUCGUCCUCGUCCUCGUCCUCCCCGCCCCCGGCCCCGGCGGCCGCUGGACGCUGACGGUCGACGGCGGGGGCCUGGAGCGGAGCUUCAGGUUCAAGACGUUUGCCAAGACCUGGGACUUCAUGACGGCGGUGUCGCUGCAGUGCAAGAUCCGAAAUCACCAUCCCGAGUGGUCAAACGUGUAUAACACGACAUUCAUCCGCUGGACCACCCAUAACCCCAAGGGUUUGUCAGCGCUGGACGUCGAGCUGGCCGCCAAAUGCGAUGAACUGGCUCGCCAGUUUGGCGAGCAGCAGCAGGAGGAGUCGCCGCCGAAAUCGGCGAGUUGCAACCUUCAAGACCUGGCGUCCACAGCCGCGACGAGCUCUGGGAACUGCUGCGGGCCCAAGAAAUGAUUUCGGACCGGAUCAAUGUUCCAUCACCAAUGCUGUCUCAUCCGUCAUCGUAAGAUAGGUGUCUCUUCUGGUCUGUAUUAUAAGAUUCUUAUUAAUCUCGGCCAUACCGAGGCCGCCGAGGUGGCCAAUUAUGCACUUUGAAUGGAUUUGACCUCCUCGCGGAGACCACCGUACGCCUCCAUCAUCCAACCAACCGGACCUUCUAUGGAACCACAACAAGGGGGAGGAGCUGUCAAACAGGCAGACUCCCUGCCAUAAUUUUCAAACACUUCUCUUCCUCAUUAGAUCGUGACUUGAGGAAUGAAGCCAGUUUAUUGGGCCUUCUUGGCCUUGAGCUUCGCCAGCUUCUUCUCACGCCUCGCCCGCACGGCAUCCUCGCCGGCCUCGGUGUCGAGGGCGUAAUCCCACCACCUGAAGCUCGAGGCGUAGUUGCCGAUAAAGCGCUCGUGGUGCAGAUCGUGGUGGUCGGCGCCGGCCCAGAAUGGAAGGAUCUUGCGCAGACUCCAUGGGAAGUCGUAUCCGCUGUGAGCGUCGAUGGCCUGGAACAGACGGAACACGAUCCACAUGUACAUGGUAAAGAGGUGAAGGUCACCGGUGAUGGAAACCCAGAUUAUGGGCGUUCCGACGACUCCGAAUCCGAGGAGCAUCGUCUCGAUAGGAGAUGCGUAUUCGGCGGCGAGACCAAAGGGCGCGGAGUAGGUGUGGUGCAGCUUGUGGAUGUUCUUGUACAGGGGCCCGUAGUGCAGCGCCCUGUGGAACCAGUAGUGCCAUGCGUCCUCGAUGACGAAGAAGAUUGCGAUCUGCAUGGCCAUGGUCCAGACCGAGGGGAAGGGGACGCCGUAUUCGAGGCCGAAGUAGGUCGCGA